AUGAGUUUGAAAACAGCAAAUGAUCUUAAUAUCGAAAUGGUCUGUAAGAACCUGCUAUGUGGAGGUACAGCAGGCAUGGUAUCAAAAACAUCUGUUGCACCUCUGGAUAGAGUGAAAAUACUUCUUCAGGCUCACAACAAGCAUCAUGCAUCUCAUGGAGUAUUCUCUGGCCUCAAGCAUAUAUUUAAAAAUGAAGGUCCAUUUGCUUUAUACAAAGGAAAUGGUGCACAAAUGGUGAGAAUUUUUCCGUAUGCAGCUACACAAUUCACUUCCUUCGAGAUAUACAAAAGGUAUCUCGAUGGAGUUUUCGGAGAAACUUCACAUAUUGAUAAGUUUAUAGCGGGUGCGGGAGCUGGACUGACCUCUGUGGCUCUCACCUACCCAUUAGAUACAAUAAGAGCUAGACUAGCUUUCCAAGUAACCGGCGAGCACGUGUACACGGGCAUCGCGCACGCGGCAACGACGAUCUUCCGCGAGGAGGGCGGCUGGCGCGCCCUCUACCGCGGUUUCACGCCCACCCUCGCCGGCAUGGUGCCCUACGCCGGCCUCUCCUUCUUCUGCUUCGAGUACCUCAAGUACGGCUGCAUGAAGUACCUGCCCGAUUGGACGACGAGGCCGUGCGAGAAGAACACGGGCGGGCUGGUGCUGAGCGUGCCUGCGAAGCUGAUCUGCGGCGGGCUUGCGGGGGCGGGGGCUCAAAGCGUCAGUUAUCCGUUGGAUGUCACGAGGAGGCGAAUGCAGCUGGCAAUGAUGAACCCAGACACCCACCACUUCGCUAAAGGGAUGUUCUCGACGCUGGCAAGGAUAUACAAGGAUCACGGGAUCGUCCGGGGUUUGUACAGAGGCAUGUCGAUAAAUUACAUGAGAGCGAUUCCAAUGGUGGCCGUUUCCUUCUCUACUUACGAAUUGUGCAAGCAGCUGCUCAAUUUGGAUACGGGUAUCAAAGUUAGCGUUGGCUAGCGUACUCGUAUUAGUUAAAUUCAUUUUAAACGAAUUACCAGUGGCGGUUAUAAGAAACCAUUGAGAAAAAUUGUGAGGACUUGAUAUUGUUAUCAAAUUUGGAAGAUACGUUGGUAAAGAGAUUUCACAUUUACUCGAAAUACACAAUGUUCUUCCCAUUAAUUGAAUAAGGAUCACCUGGAAUCUAUAAAAAGAUGGCAU